UGCCUCGUUCUCAAAAUUGCAUGUGUAAUUACCCUUUUAGUCGCUAGAUAUCACAACGUAUAGAGUGCAUUCAAAUUAAUUGUUGCCCCUCGUUUAUACCGUUGCGCCAUCGUCUCAUGUUCUUUCGUUGUGCGCCUGACUACCUAACACAUGCGAGUGACUUUGAAAAAAAGUAGGGUAUUGUUUUUAAGAAAUAGUAAAUAGGUGAUAAUGUCAAAGCGAAAAAGAGAAACAGAUGAAAUUAUAGAAAUAAUGCAGAACAAGAUAAAGGAAAUGCAAGAUCAACUAGGAACGUUACAAGGAAAUCAAUUAAAGAACGGUAAUGAAGAAUCGGUAUCGAGUGGUGAUAAAGGAUCAAGAGAAAAUUUUAACGGAUCUGUGAUAGAGGAAAGUAAGAAUUAUAGAUGAGAUUCCUAUAAGAGCUUGUAUCGUGAGACAAGACAAUUAGAAAAAAUUUAAUGAGUUUCUACGAGAGGCAAAAGAAAUUUAAAAAAAAUCAAAAUGAAAUAGUUAUUAUUGGGUAGUGAAAAAAUAUGUUUUUUUUUUGUGUUAUUAAAUAGAUAUUGCAGGAAAAGAAAAUACGCUACUUACUAAUGAUUAGGUAGUGAAAAACAAUACCGUUACGGAACAAGAUAAGGAAAGAAAUGCGGAAGAGAUAGAAGAAAACAUGUUAAAUUAAAAAGUUCUUUAAGUCUUGGAUGAGAUAACCCUUUGGCAUCAAAGGCAUUGCAAAUAAAGCUGCAUUCUUCGCUGAAUAAACAUUGAAAGUACUGGAUCAAAAAUGGUAUUCCUAGUUUAGAAAAAGAAGAAAUAUUAAGUAAAUAUGCAAGAUACUAGCGAUAUGAUGUCUCUCGACUAAAUCAAGAAAUUGCGUUUACAAUAAACGUAUCAGCGUUAAAAAGAAUCAAGGUUAUGGUGAAGAUACAGCAGUCGACUGGAUCAGCAUUAAUGUCUUUUGGUGAAGCUAUGUCAAGCAUACUUUACGAGACCAGGACGAGAGAAGCAUUUAUUUUACCAGAUGUCACGAAACAAAUUAAAGAUUUGUUGGGAAAUACAAAAACAUAUACCUUGCUAUUUGAAAAUGAUUUAACUGAAAUAAUAAAAGAGACAAGAACAAUGGAAAAAAUAAGUCAAAACAUAAAGAAUCAAGAGGCAACAAAGGAUUUGCAGCUGGCAAGGCAGAAUUAAAACUUCCGGCCCCACAGGGCAAGAGGCCAUUCUCCAAUCACGUGAGCAACUCAAAUGCAAGACUGCAGGGCAGGGAAAUAAAUAGAAGUAAAAGAGGAUGCAGGUAUUAUAGGGGGUAGGUUAAAAUAUUUUGUAGAAACGUGCAGAAAAUUACAAGUGAUCAAUGUGUGACAAGGUGUA